GAGAGAGAGAGAGAGAGAAAGAGAUUCUGGAGUGCUACGCAAACCGCUCGAGAAAUAUUUUGCCAAAUAACAAAAAAAGCUUUGAAAAUGGCAACGGCUGUUCGGCGGUUUUCAAAGCAAAGCUGGAGGAAAAGCGAAUAUUCUCACUGGGCUUUGCUUGAAAAAGCGGGUGGCGGGCGCUCUCAUCACGGGGCGGAACUGCAAGCGCCGGCUGCUCUCUCGCGCCCAAGCAGACGGCGUCUUCUUGUGGCCACCGGAUACAGUAGCGCUGGCUGAGUGCGCUAACAGACGUCCGUGUCAACGCGGAUGGAUGCUAGACGGCGUCUCCUCCGCAGGUUCGUAUGGAUCUAUCGUUCUGCCAGCGAAGUAGUCAACGCCGACCGCUGUCGAGCGACUAUCCAUCGGCUGAUGCUGCGCUGCUUAGAGCUCCGCUCGAUGUUGAUCCGACGCCCGCUUUUUGCCGCGACGCAGCAGGACUCCGAUGUCAAGUGGCGUCCAGCUGGCAAAAAAACUCGCAGCUUGUCCACACUUUCUACUCGACGAAGAGCGCGUCAGAGCGUUCUCGGGCAGCGUCUGGCAAAGCAAGCAUGGUGAUCAUGCCGCUGCACUGGCGGAUAGGGAAGACGUCGGAACAUUCGGCGUCGAGAUCGGACUGGCAUAUCAUUGUUGCUCGAUCUGAGGCAAAUUUUGGUGGCGCUUUGCCAAAAGAUUGCGAGUCGUUUUUUUUUGGUGCGGAUCAGUCCGUUACCGAGUUCUUUGGUAGUCGAGCUGGCUGAAGCGAACAUGGCUACAGAUCGCGCCGUUACGUCGGCAAAGGGUGCAGGAAUGACUGCUGGGCUUGUUUCUUGACAAGCUGCUCCGUUUGACGCAGAAUAUCCCACUCCGGGUAGAUCAGUCACAUAGCGAAGCAUAGUGCCAUCACUGUCUGCAAGAAAGGACUGGUGUGGUUGAUGCUUUGUAUAUGCAGGCAGCCAUUGCUGUUGGCGUUGCGGCGGUGGGUGUUUCGGCUCGCGUUGUGGCAGCUGAGGGGAGCAACCCGUCGUAAGGAUUCCCGGGUUGCAGCCGCCAUGAAACGAUCUAGAGCGAACGCUAGAUGCACGGCACCGGUGUCCUUUUGUGAGCUGGAGCAGAUGAGUGUAUGCACGCUUUUCAUUGCAUGUGGCAUGAAGUGGAUCCUCCUUCUGAAGGAGUCCUUCACACGCAAAUCUGAUUCUCUGCCGCUCAAAGCAACUUCAACAGGAUAACGUGUUGAUGAGUAGUUAGAUUUUUUGUGGAAUCCGUUCAUAAUUGCAUA